GGCCGGCGGCGAGGCUGGCGGAAGUGGUGUAGGCGAGGAGGUCCCGCAGUGCGGAGCAGCGGGUGGCAGGGUGCCGGGCGGGCGGCUGGGCUGUGGCUUACCCCCGGGCCGGCCCCAGGAACAUGACGCGCUUCGCCCUGACCGUUGUCCGGCAUGGAGAAACAAGAUUUAACAAAGAGAAAAUAAUCCAAGGACAAGGCGUAGAUGUGCCGCUUUCAGAAACUGGCUUUAAACAAGCAGCUGCUGCUGGUAUAUUUCUUAAUAAUGUGAAGUUUACUCAUGUUUUCUCCAGUGACCUCAUGAGGACAAAACAGACCGUGCAUGGGAUUUUGGAGAAGAACAAAUUUUGCAAAGAUAUGACAGUAAAUUAUGAUUCAAGACUUCGAGAAAGGAAACAUGGGGUCGCAGAAGGCAGGGUGCUGAGUGAGCUGAGGGCAAUGGCCAGGGCGGCUGGGGAAGAGUGCCCUGCGUUCACACCACCCGGAGGAGAGACUCUGGACCAGGUGAAAAUGCGUGGAAAAGAAUUUUUUGAUAGUCUCUGUCAGCUGAUCCUGAAAGAAGCAGGCCAAAAAGAACAGUUUUCCCAGGGAGCUCCAAGCAGCCGUCUGGAAACUUCUUUGGCAGAGAUAUUUCCUGUAGGGAAAAACUGUGCCUCCGAAUUUAAUUUAGACAGCAGAGCUCCAGGAUUAGCAGCCAGUGUCUUAGUUGUGAGUCACGGCGCGUACAUGAGAAGCCUGUUUGCUUAUUUCCUGACUGACCUUAAGUGUUCCUUACCAGCCACUCUGAGCAAAUCUGAACUUGUGUCAGUCAGUCCCAACACAGGGAUUAGUGUCUUUAUCAUAAACUGUGAGAAGGGACGAGAAGUCACACCAACAAUCCAGUGUGUUUGUAUGAACAUACAGGACCAUCUAAGUAGAGUGACUGAAACUCCCUAAUUUGAAAUCUGCAUCCAAAUCUUACAGGUUUGAACCUCUGAGGUGGUAGCACCUGUGGCUUUAUUUCCAUCCUCUGCUAAUGCUGAUUUGGAAACAGUUAAAAAGCUGACUAUAAUCGCAGGUCAUAAAACUCAAAAGGAAUUGUGGUCCCAUAAAGCACUAAUGGAAAAUCAUUUAGAAUUGACUUCUUGUCCAAAUAUAGCUGGCAUUUCCAGAGUAAUUUUACCACCCUGCUCAGUUAUAUCCCUGGACUAUAAAUGGAUGAUCACAGAGUACUGCAAAUUGAGGGAUUAAUAACUAUGUUACUUCUUUUAAAAAAAAAGUUGAUAUUUUUCUUUAAUAUCUGGACAAUCUAGCCUGUUUUAUUGGCUAUUGGUAAGAAUACUGUGUUUUUUACUGUCUCCUUCAGUGCUUGGAAGAAGGAACUAUAUAUAAUUGUUACUGUAUAUUUAUAAUCAUAACAUGUUCUAUUUAAGAAGUCUCUUAAAUGAAAAUUUCUUACCAUCCUAGGUUUAUUAGAAGCAAAAUGACACUAAAACGUCUAAUGUAGAGAUUAACAGUUAAAAUUUUUUGCCCUAGAGGCUUUGAAAUGUGGAUGAAUGUCGAUUAUGAUUGUGGAAUGAUCUGGUGAGGAAGGAUUUAAAGCAUCAUUUGGUUACAAAACAUUGAAAGAAGGAAUCUCUGAGCAGAAGAUAGAAGAGCAGCUCUUUUGCCAUAGGCUGAAGAAUUUAGCUGUGGAAGACUCUAAGGGAAUUAAAAAAUUACUAGUGUACCACACGUAGCCUCAGAGUGAAUGAGGGCGCUCCAUGGGAAAGCAGUGCUUGGCCAACCACAGCAGAGGUUUUCUGGUGGAAGGUGUAGAUGCCUCCUUUUUCCACCAGGUGGCACUGGAGGAAAGGGAUUUUUGUUAACCGAGUGAUGUCCGUAAAAUUGAUCCUUCAAAAAUCCUCAUCUAAAUGAAGACAGUGUUCACACGUAGUUUGCUUUUAUAUCAUGUUGGUGAAUGCUGUAUCAGUUUGUAAUAUUUGUAAUUAAGUUUGUCAGUUAAGGCUAAAAUCAUGUAUAGUCUAAAUUCAUGCUGAAUUUAAGUCACAUAGAAAGUUCAGUAUCAUACUGUUCUCCCUGCCCAGCUCUACCAGUUUCCCUACCAGGAUGGGAACAAAGCCCGUGGCUGAGUCCUAGAGGAAGUACACUGCAAAUGAAAACUUGAAAAAAUAACCAAAAAGGACAAAUAAUAGUAAUAUUAAUUCUUAUCACCCAGAAAUGAUAGCUCCACUCUUAUUUUUUUAAGAAGUAACACAAGCGAUGUAAGCGAGGUUCCCUCAAUCAGCUCAGCCCUCCCUUCGCGUUUAUGUAGCGCAGCCACCACAGAGGGUCUGUGUACACAUUCACCAUUCUGUACUUUUUCACCUGUGGUCAUAAGGAAAUGGUUUGUUUUGGUGUUUUUAUAAUGUACAUAAAUAUCAUCAAGCUAUCUGUAUUCUUUAUUUUCAUCUUGGAGCUCUGUGCUGAUAUGUAUAGAUCGAGUUACUAUAACCUCUGUAUUCUACUGAAUAAAUAAAGCACAUUUUGUUUAUUAGCAGACA